CUCGGGUAUUCAACAGAUUGUCGUGAACAUCGAAAGCAAGAAUAUUAGCACUCAACUUACUUUUGUCGCACUAAGUAAUUUUAUUUAGUACAAAAACAUAUUUAAAGUUAAAAACAACAAAGUUUUCCGAAAAUGUCUGCGAAAAACGUUAAUUCACUUGUCGGUGCCACCACACGCUACAUCGCCGGCCGAAAUGCAAUGCAGACAGUUUAUUGGCGCACAAUGCCCGGAACCGAUGGACGAAUGGUGAAAAUACAUAAAAACUGUGAAUUCGACAAAGUACAGAACCUGCCCGCCAAAAUUCGCAUGCAGUACUACAAUAAAAACUUCUGGACAUCAACGGAUGGAGCACACUGAUCUCGGCCGAAAAAAACGAAUUUUUAGAUUAGCGGAUUUAGUAUAAGAUGUGCGCUUGUGUUCUUCUAUUAGUUAUUAAUGUCGCAACUCAAUUAGUUAAUUAGUAAAUUAUUAACACUGAAA